CUUGGCAUUAAUACUAAAUAGUCAACGCUGUCUGUAUAUUCACAUCUAUUAAAAAAUAACAACAAUGUUCCAGAGAGCUCGAAACGACAGCCCAGCAGCGGCAUCAGCAUCAACUGCAGCGGCAUCGGCAGCGGCAGGGGGCCAGAGGCAGCAAAAACAUGUGGCCCGCAGCAACGAAGAAGCAGUCGAGGAGCAGCUGAACGGCCGUGUGGACAACGAAAUCGAACAGCUUCUUACAUCGUUUGGUGAAAUAAUCCAGUCAAGCCGCAUCCACAGCAGCCGCAGCAUUGAUCUUAGCGGCAAGGCAGCAACACGGACGCAGACGCGGCGUACAGCACAGCAGCAGACACUUCAGAAGCAGGCAAACAGGAUAAACGACAAUGAUAACAGCGAAGAUGACGACGACGACGACGAGACGAAUGAGCCCGUGGCUGUGACCGAAACUGUGGCGGGCACAGAGACUAUUAAGGAUAAGUAUGCGGUUGCGCAGGAGGCGUAUGGAGCGCAGACGAGGGCUGCGACAAUGGUGAGAUCGGUAGAGAAUUUGCUGGCCAUGGUGGCGGACGUGAGACGCGCCCGUCUGGUCAACGACUCGACGGCGCUCGCUGCAAUGGCCGAUGCGCGCCGCAAGGAGGUGGAGGAGCGUACGAGCGCGAUUCGGGCGGCUGUCGAGCGGCUCAACUCGGCAGCGGACGCGGCAGUGCGCGAGCUAGGGACCGUGUACUACAACUCCAAAUACGUCAAGUAAGAUGUGUGU